GUUGAAUCCGCUAGUGAACUGGCAGGUGAAACUAGACUGCUAACGUUAGUUGCCACCAGCAGCAGGAUAGAGUUAAUUCCCAAUACUUCUCUGGAAUUUAAAUUGAAUCGGCAAGGUUCAACAUAUAGGUGAUUGAAUAAUAAACGUUACUGACUUCUGGGUCGGGGCGCUGAUCAUAGGUUCAGGAUGAAUAAGCUACGGCAGAGUUUCCGCCGGAAGAAAGACGUGUACGUUCCUGAGUCCAGUCGACCCCACCAGUGGCAGACGGAUGAGGAGGCGGUCCGCAGCGGCAAGUGCAGCUUCGCAGUCAAGUACCUGGGUCAUGUUGAGGUGGAGGAGUCAAGGGGCAUGCAUAUAUGUGAAGACGCAGUGAAGCGGCUUAAGACGGACAGGAAAUUCUUCAAAGGCUUCUUUACAAAAGCAGGGAAGAAGGCUGUGAGAGCUGUGCUGUGGGUCUCGGCAGAUGGACUACGCGUUGUAGAUGACAAAACUAAGGACCUGAUACUAGAUCAGACGAUAGAGAAGGUAUCAUUCUGCGCUCCGGACCGGAACUUUGAGCGAGCCUUCUCCUACAUCUGUAGAGAUGGAACCACCAGAAGAUGGAUCUGUCACUGCUUCAUGGCCAUUAAGGACUCGGGGGAACGUCUGAGCCACGCGGUAGGCUGUGCCUUUGCCGCCUGUCUGGAGAGGAAACAGAAGCGGGAGAAAGAGUGCGGCGUCACGGCAACGUUCGACGCCAACAGAACCACCUUCACCAGGGAGGGAUCGUUCCGAGUCACCACGGCAACCGAAGCCGCCGAGCGAGAGGAGGUCAUGAGGCAGUUACAGGACAAGAAAGCGGAGAACCAUGUCAACUCCUCCGUCCCUGUGACCUCGGGCCCCAGUGUUGGCGUGGUGAACCAGGCUGUGACCCCCCUAACCGGGCCUCCAUCCCCUCCCUCCUCCUCCCCUCCCCUGGGGCCGAGCACCCACGGCCCCCAGGUAAUCCCCCGCAGACACGCCCCCGUGGAGACCCUGGCCAGACAGGGCUCCUUCAGAGGGUUCCCUGCCCUCAACAACAAGUCCUCUCCCUUCAAACGGCAGCUGUCGCUCAGAAUGAACGAGCUGCCUUCCACCAUGCAGCGCAAGUCUGACUUCCCCAUGAAGAACACGGUCCCGGAGCUGGAAGGUGAGGGAGACAGCAUCAGCUCGUUGUGUACCCAGAUCACCUCAGCCUUCAGUGGGCCUCCCGAAGAUCCGUUCUCCCAGGCCCCCAUGCCUCGACCGGCCUCCUCCCCCCAGUCCCCAGGAGCGCCGGCCGGAGCUCAGCCAGACAACCAGGACAUGCUUGCCUGCACUACCAGAACCACGACAACAAGCUCGCUCUUAUCCGCCACCCUGUUUGCUCCUCGCUCUGCUGUAGUGAACGGCUCUGAGCCGCUAUUCCAUCCCUCCACUGCCAACCACCCAGCAAUGGCCCCUCCCCUGCCUGCCCGGGACACUAACCCCUGGGCCGAGGCCCCCGCCUCGUCCUCCUCCACACACCCAGGUGGUGAUUGGACCACACCAGUGAUUGUAGCUCCACCCUCCGCCGCGGCUUCCCCAUCUCACCACUCCCACCGCCGCACACCGUCUGAGGCUGACCGCUGGCUGGAAGAGGUCACCAAGUCUGUCCGCGCUCCGCAACCCGCGUCCUCACACACCUCCCAAAACCUCCUGGCCCCAAACCCCCCGGCAUUCUCUGCCACUCCCUUCCCCGCCCCCAUGCCCGUGGCGUCGGCUGCCCCAGUGGCCUUCAUGCCCGCCGUUCCCCUUGCCGUUCCUCUGCUGCCCCCUCGCCAGCCGUCCUACCAGACUCCGGCCCCCUACCCCAUGUCCAAUGGGCUAUCCUACGGCCAGCCGAGUGUGCCUGUGGUGGGGAUCACCCCCUCCCAGAUGGUGGCCAACGUGUUCGGUUCGGCCACGCAGCCCCAGGCGUACCCCGUGACCCAGUACGACCCCGCCCAGCACGCCGUGGGCGUCCCCUUCAUUAACCCUCCACAGGUCCCCCUUCAGCCGCCCAAUGGGAGCUUAGCCUUUAACGGCGUGGCGGGUGACGGCUGGGCCCCUCCCUCCCUGCCGCCUCCAUCCUCUCCGGCGCCGCCGCUCCCCCCCCAGCCUGCUGCCGACCCCUUCGAGGCCAAGUGGGCGGCCCUGGAAAGCCGCUCCCGCCAGCGCACCACUCCGUCGCCCACCAACCCCUUUUCCACCGAGCUGCACCAGACCUUUGAGAUCCAGCUGUAGAGACUGGGAGAGGAGGAGGCGGAGCCAGGAAGGCACUUCUGUUGAUUGUACAAAUUGGUUAGAGACGGCAGAGAGAAGGCAAAGCCCCCUCCUCCGCCCCCCCCCCACCGGCCCGGUCAGGCUUAAUGGAGGACCGGACUGGAGAGGAAGAGCAGGGGUUAGGGCGGUGGAUGGUGGACCUGUCAGCAGGGAGGAAGACGUCAAGGCCUUCAGACUGACCCUAUCCCCUGAGCCCUCCCAGCCUGCUCAAACCACCACCCGAAGACGCAGCUCCUGCUCUGUCCCCCUUGCCCCACCUCCUCCCUCUCCUCCUGGUCCAGCUCGCAGCGCCCCCUGGGUGGCCGGACUAUGAUUCCCCCCCCCCCCCCCGGCCAUCUGGCAGGCUGAAGGACUGCAGCACUGAAAGGGGACAGAGCUUCCAGACCAGAGCUUCUCAUCUAAAACUUCAAAAUCAGAAGUGAGAGAAUGCCAAAAUCUUUAUUUUUAUGCAUUAAGGUAUAUUUUAAAUAGCAAAAGAGAUGUAAGUAAUCUUUGCCAAAGGCACAGAGGCUAGCUAGCGACAAUGGCAAUGAGUGGUUUUGCGAUGUGUAUACCAGAAAUGACCAUAUAUUAUACAUAAAAGAUAUAACUGUAAAGACUAUAAUCGCGUACAUGGCAGCACCCCGUGGCGGCGCUGCUGAGUUCUACGAAGAGUGUGUGCGUUGAAGCGACAGUUGUUUUAUUUCUUUUUACGGAAUUCGGUCUCACUGCCAUUUUUUUGCUUCCUGGGAUUGGAUGUCACCUCACUGUAAAUAGGAAGUCAUCAUUGCAGCAACAAUCAGCGUGGAACCACAACGGUAGUGGUGGUUUUGUGGAGUUUCCCAUGGGUGGAUUCACUGGCAACCAAACUGAAUCAAGUGGAACUACCUGAAUACGUCUCAUAGAAACUCUAUUUUUUUUUUUUUUUUUGCAAAGCGUUAUCUGUUUAGAUGAAAUGGUGAGAAACAUUUUGCCAGGUUGUUCGACUAUUGAAUGCCCCUCAGAUUGCCUCGGCUAUCAAUGCUCUGCGCUCUCUGGUCUCCUUACUAUGAUUUUAAUAGUCUAGUACUCGUUAGUACUCAGUUGUGCUCAACUACAUCGUCUGUCUUGCAUCCUCAUUGUCUUUUAUUUUUGUGGUAACGUUCAUUGUCUUUUUUGUAUUUUAACACUAUAGACAGUCAUCUCACAAUUAAUUUCUUUCCUCCUUCAAAUAUAAUGUUUUAAUGGCGUUGAUCAAUUGAUUGAUCUCACAUUUUAUUUGCACAAGCACUAUAUAGUAGUUGAUCAUUUGGCCACAGUGGUGAAUGAUGAUCAGGGGUUGUGUGGCUGUGGGUUUGUAUUAAUUUGUUGAGUCACGGUUCUUGCUACAGUAACUUUAACAACAAGUGUUCAAGUCUGGUAUCUUCACCUAAACCAGGGGUGUCAAACCGGUUCCACGGAGGGCUGGGUGUCUGCAGAUUUUAGUUUUUUCCGAUAAAUUGGUUCCUAACCAAUUACUGACCUAAUUAUUCAAUCAAGUACAAAAUGAGAGUGAAAACCAGCAGACUCUUAGCCCUCCAUGGAACCAGUUUGACACCUCUGACCUAAAUUCUGUUGUUUUCCUAAAUCCAUCCUGGUGUGAAGAAUCUGCCAACUUCAAGGUAACAUACAGUAGAUCUGUGGAAUACCAGUCUGGCUGGGAUCUCUGGAAAACCAGGGAGUUUGUGGGAAGGUCACCUGAAUGGCGCAACUUUAUCUGUAGCAGGAUGGUGUGGUCCACACCACUUCAGUCUAACUGUGGUUCUGACCGUAUGUUCUGGGUUCAUUCAUUCCAACGACACUUGAGUUUGUGCUACAGAACCUCUUGUUUUUGUUGCAAAAUGGUUUGUUCGUAACAGGAUCAGCAAAAUGGAUACACCCCUGCUGUUUGCAGGGAGACCUGAUGGGUGGAUCUGUUCGUCUGCAUCCCCAUGCUGUCCCAAAUGGAUCCCUAUGCCCUACAUAGUGAUAUUCCUUUCAUCAGGGUCCACUAUAGGGACUAAGUUGCCAUUUGGGACUCGUUCUGUUUCUCAAUCUCACAUGUCAUGUUUUUUUGUUUUUAUUAUCCUGUGAAUAUGAUCUGUUAUCUGAUCUAGUUUUUAUUUUCCAUUUUGUAAUUAUUUCAUUACUUUAUUCCACUUCUUUCAGAACAAUUGAAGCUAAAAUUAUUGAAUAAAUUGUUGGUGAUA